UGUUUACGACUUUUUGCGACAUUUUGCGUCACCUGUGUUUCAUCAUGCCAGUAGAGGAGGACAUGCAGUGUAAUAAUUUGUUACUAACAAACAAGCACGAAGUGAAAUGAGGGAUAACAUUCUUGAUCUGUGUCAUUGAAAACCCUGCACGUCAAGGACACGCGUGAAGGUGAACACAUCGGUGAAACAAUUAAAUAAAUUGGUUUCACGACUUCACAGGAUGGUUGGUUGGCCCACACAAUAAAACGAGACAGAAUGGCGAGAAGUUGAAAAGGCGUGCCAAGUCUGCUGGGAACCUCAGCCCUGAGCUUUACCCACAACCCUUCACCCCACCAUCACCGCUCACUGGGACACAAACAACCUUUGUGGCUGCGCACUCUCUGCUGAAUUCCAAUUUGGACAAAUGCAGGGUGUUUUGUGUUUUGGUGGACAAGUGCCACUAACGUCCAGCUGGGGGCAGUCUAACCUGAAGUUGCUGUUAAAACGAUGGCUGGAAUUACCUGCUUUAUGAAGACAACAAACAGCUGCAGCUGGGAUGGAACGUUCCUCGCACGGUUCUCAGCCCACAGACUCGAGCCCUCCUUCACUGCAGCACGUCUGCUCACAGGCGACAAUGACUCCUCCACACCCCCAGCCCCGGACCUCCCCUCUCCAUGAAGGAGAGUCCGGGGGCUGAUGCUGCUCCUCCGGGAUGCUCUACAUCUCCACCAGCAUCACCAGCUGCGUUGUCUCCAACUGCUCCAACAGCUCAUUUGUCCAAAAUCAUAUACGGCGUCCAAGGCCCGCCCCCUCGUGAGUCAGUGAGGAAAGAAGUGUUGUCCUCCUUACCACAGUGGCUGCAAAAACAUUUUCCCCUGGUGAACAAACGCUGAACUAAGGACCUUCUUGACCUCAUACACCUCUGCAGUAGCCACUCUUCACUUGCUGUAAAUGGAGUCAACCACCUUGCCUCACCACACUUGGGCAGAGAGAUGCAUCUGUGCGCUUACACUCCUAUAAAUCACAGUGUGAGUGUUUCUUGGCUGAAAUAAAAAGCAGUGGCAUACACUUCGUCUGUCCAAGAGGCGCUGGUGGUCCGUGACUGAUCCUCCAAAUUUGACUUUGCAACUCUCAAGCAUCAUGGGUAGAAAAAAGAUUCAGAUUCAACGGAUCACUGAUGAAAGAAACAAGCAGGUGACUUUUACAAAGCGAAAGUUUGGCUUGAUGAAGAAAGCCUAUGAGCUGAGUGUGCUGUGUGACUGCGAGAUUGCUCUGAUCAUCUUCAACCAUGCCAACAAGCUGUUCCAGUAUGCCAGCACUGAUAUGGACAAGGUCUUACUCAAGUACACAGAGUACAAUGAGCCUCAUGAGAGCCGGACUAAUGCAGAUAUCAUUGAGACUUUGAGAAAGAAAGGCUUCAACGGUUGUGACAGUCCAGAGCCUGACGGUGAAGACUCCAUCGACCAGAGUCCCCUGAAUGAUGACAAGUACCGAAAGACCACAGAGGAUCUGGAUGUUCUCUUCAAACGCUAUGGACAGUCAACAGCUCCUCCCCAGACCUUCUCCAUGCCAGUCACCGUCCAGGCGUCCAGUCAAAGCACACUGCAAUUCAGUAACCCUGGCAACGCACUGGUAACUACCUCCUAUGUAACAUCAUCGCCGCUCACCGAUUCCCACCUCCUGUCACCACAGCAACCAGCUCUUCAGAGAAAUACCGUGUCUCCUGGGUUACCACAGCGACCAGCGAGUGCAGGGGCCCUUCUUGGCGGAGACCUGAAUAAUUCAAAUGGCGGAUGCCCAAGUCCUGUCCCUAAUGGAUACACCAGUGCCAGGGCCUCCCCAGGCCUCCUCACUGUUUCCAACGGCAACAGUUUGGGAAAAGUAGUUCCAGCCAAGUCUCCACCUCCACCUCCCAGCCCCCAGAUGGUCAACAGCCGCAAGCCAGACCUCCGAGUUAUCACCUCACAGGGUGGAAAGAGCCUCAUGCAGAUGAAUGCCCAGAGGCUGGCAGCUGGAGCCCAGGUGGCGCAGUCCCUCACCACACCAGUGGUCUCUGUAGCCACACCAAGCCUCUUGGCUCAGGGGCUGCCCUUCUCUGCCAUGCCCACUGCAUACAACACAGAGUACCAGCUGACCAGUGCAGAUAUCACUGCUAUACAUGCUCUGGCUUCACCUGGUGCCCUGUUGUCAACUAGCGUGUCCUCAUGGCAACAGCAGCAAGCUGUAACCCAGCAAUCCCAGCAACAGCAACAACAGCAGCAGCAGCAGCAGUUCAGUCUUGCAUCACUCAGUAACUUAGUCAUGUGGGGUGUGGACAAACAGAGCAGCGAGCUGUCUAGCCAGGUGUCCAGUCUGGCUGCCAAUCUGAGUGUUGGCUCUCCGUCCAACCUGCUCUUGGGUAGAGAUGAGUGGUUGGGCCGGCCGGUGACUCAGUUACCUCAAGGUGCCAUGCUGACUGUCAACACAAACUCUGGUGUGAGCAUCAAAUCUGAGCCCGUCUCGCCUGGCCGGGAUCGCAGCACCCCCCUUCCUCCCGCGCCUUCCUCCACAACGCCGUCCUCAACUUCAGGAGGAUCCAUCCUGACCGCCCCACCACAGUACCCGAGCUCUCUGCUCUGUCUGGAGCUGCCGACCGGUCGCUCGCCUGCAGACAGUGUGAGCAGUAACGCCAGCUCUUUUGAAGGGAGCGAUCGGGAUGACACGGGUACUGCAGGAGGUGGCGGUGGUGGUGGUGGUGGAGGAGGAGGUGGCGGCGGCAGUGGUGGUGGAGCUGGAGCCCCUGGUUCUGCAGCCAGAUCUGUGCCCCCUGACUACAGCCCUUCAGUUGAGCUCCUGAGGGCAUCAGGCGAUUCAGAGCAGGAGGGAGGAAACAUAAAGCGUAUGAGAUUGGACGCCUGGGUCACAUAGAGGCACCAGCACCAGCCCACUGCUCCCCACAACCUCUGGAAGUUAUGGUGACACUUUAGACACACAACACACCCCAGGUCAUCUUUAAAACCCCCACUGCCCCAACCCACACUGCCACGUGACACUAUUAUCCUCCAUCGUCCUCGGUUCACAAAGAAACACAACUAAGCGUCACUUAGACUUGUUAAAAUAAAAUUGACUUAAUAAAGAAAAUCUUUGUAGGAUCGUACUGAGGAGAGAAUGGCGUUAGUGCUCGCCUGGAUAUUUAAUCCCCUGCCUUUGAGAGACAGUAGACUUUAGACUUUAAAGCCUUCUUGCUUGAAUGGACUCCAGAAUUGUAAUUUCUCCUGAUAGAAACAACAAAAUCAUGAAAAAAAAAUCCCUCUUUUCACAUAGUUUCUGCAUUAGCUUCAUGUAUUUACUCCUAAGGGAUCGGUGGCUUGUUCAUGUUAUUGGACUUGUGCUGUAUGACUGGCCACUUCCUGCUCUUCAUUAUCCACCUGGACAGUGUGUUGCCCCUUCUACCAAACUGCACUAUUGGAAAUUAGUUUUUAUGUGAACCCAUUUGAGGAUGGAGACACUAAUUAAACUUUAGACUUAAACAGGUUCUCUCUCUGUGUUAGAGAACCAGCCUCAACAGGCCCUGAGCCCUCUUGUGGCACUCUGCAGCUAUGGCACUUUGCCAGAGUGCCAAUAUCAACCUCUCUUUUAGAUGACAAAAAAAAUGCCAAAUGCCUCUCAGACCCAAGCAGGGACACUGACAAAUGGUCACUCAUGAAAAACUGGCACAGCCCAUGAACUGUCUCUGCUUUUUAGACAGUGAAGCUGUCAUCAGUCUCCUCCUCCUCCUCGUCCUCCUCACCUCAUCUAAGACAUUACAUUUGCCGUCACUCGCCUCCUCAGACUCCCGUCCUCUCACCUCAUCUCCUCUGGAAUUUGAGUGGAAAAUCGCUGCAGCAGAAACGCAGCCUCUCAUUGGACUUUAUAACCAGGAGUAGACGCCAUCCAUUAAAAAAAAAAAAAAAAUUGUAGUGAUGUGAGUUUUUGGAGCCUGUGCUGGCUUUUUAUUAAAGGUAGAGAAGUAUUUGGUUCUUUCAGUCCAAGUGUUCUUUAUCUGUUGGUAUUUAAACGAAUCUGUUUUGAAGGUCUGUUAGUCGUCCAGAAGUAGGAACUCUGACUUUGUGUAGAAAGGAAAAAGAAAAAAAAAUCACUCCUUAUACAAGAGCUUUGAUGUCCUUUAUCUCUCUCUCUCUCUCACUCUCUCUCUCUCUCUCUCUCACACCUUUAGCUCUUUGCCGUGUUUCAAAAAGUGAAAGGAAAUAAGACAUUUUCUAUAUUUCUACGGCUUCAUGUCGAUGACAAAGUAACAAUAGCUUUUCAGCUUCAACCACGCGUAUGUACAUAUGAAUAUAUUUGCAUAGACUAUGCUAGGUAUCCCUAAAAACAAGCAAUGUGUUGACUCUCAGUGGAUCUGUUUGCAUAUACGUACGAGUGUGUGAAUUUGAUAUGUUUCUGAACUACGGUGCAGGGGUUUUAACAUGCCACAUUUGGCGGUGCUGUUGGAUCAGACUUGUUUCAGUGAAAACUACUUUAUGCUUGUGUUGACUUUUCUGUCUCUGACUCACAGAGACCUGCUUGGUUGUGGUGUCAUUAUAUUCUCCCAACACUUGAGUGGACACCCUCACUUUAUACGCUCAUCACAACAUUACAGCACUGCCAUUCACUUCUAUUGAACUCGGAGAAGAUGCACUCACAUGACUGACAGAGCUCUGUUACAUGUGUCCCACAUCAAAAAAACAGUUCAUGCCUUUUACUUUUACACCUUUUUUUUUUUAAGCGAUUGGCUCACAAGUGCUGUGUUCGUUUGUGGUUUCAUUGUUUUUGUCCAAACCAUUUCAGGUUUGUGUGUGAGUUAAGGGUGUGUGUGUGUACGUUUGUGUGUGUGUGUGUGUGUACACCGGUUGUUUAUGCCUAGAAACAGAAAAAGUCUCUCGAUGCUCUUAGUGCAGCCUGGUGUGUCAGCUGAUGUUUGUUGACUGUUGAUUCUCUACUUAAAGCAAUGCUACACUUAAGGUCUGAGUGGGUGAGGCGCCUGCUUUUAUCAUGAGUACUCUUUAAAAGUGUGAGUUUUGUGUUUGGGGAAAAAAAAAAAAUCACAGUGCUGUAGGACUUUUCACAAACAGACACAGGUUUAACAUCAGAGUUCUGGGCUGUUUUUGUCAGGAUCUGCUGCGUUGUCCUCCUCUGCGUCCACAGUGUGGUGUGAAGCUGUUCUGUUUGACUAAUGUCUAGGUCCUUGUUUCACUCUGAAUUAUGAAAAUGACACUUUUGUAAAUGGACUUUCCCCACCAGAGUUUGAUGAGAAGAUAUCACAGAUUUAGAAAAGUCUGUGUUUUUUUGUUUUUUUUUUCAUGUUGAGCUUGAACGUCAGCAUUUUAACUCUUGACAGAAAUGCACUUACAUUGAGGUUCUGUUAACAUUCGGUCACAGUAUCACCUUCAAACCUACCUUCAGUUGGAAUGAAACAGUGACUGGAAAUAUGUGGAAAAAAAUAAAAAGGGCUCCUAGAAAUGCUGUACCAAGUGUUGCCAGAAGGGGGCUGGCAGCUGUAGUCAUUUAUGUGAAUUCACCAUGAGAAAGUUGAUGACAUCAACUGAUUUAAAUUUGAAUAAGAGCUCUUUGUUUAACGGUGGGUUUAAUGCUGUGGCCCAGUUUGAUGAGGUUUCAUAGGUGAGAAUCAGAUAUACUAACUUGAACCCCUGGAGGAAGUAGUUUGUGUUGCAGCUGCUCCUGUAGGAGCAUCUCUGAAAGAGGAGAAGUAUACUUAUUUAUAGGAAAUAUAGAAAUAUUUAGGUUUUUCCGCACAUGUGCUGUUUAGCACAUUUACACACUUGUUUCAAUUUACUGUGCUAGUUGUAGCGUCACUAACACACAGGGGCCAGAGUUAAAGAGUCUGAUGGCCAGAGGCAGGAAUGAUUUACUGUGGUGCUCUUUGGUUCACCUUGGUGGAAUAGUCUGUUGUUGAAGAUGCUCUUGUGUCUGACCAGUGAAUCACUGUCCAACACUGACCUGAGACAGCCUCUAGGGAGGCAAAUUCUGAAGAAGCCUCUUUAGCAAAAGUCUCUCAUCAGAGGUUGAAGAAAGUCCAACUGGCUUCUUGACUUCAGGAAUUGAAACUAUGGCGUCUCUCAAUAGUCUUGAAAAUCCAUGUGGAUCAGUUUUUAAGCACAAAGGUAAAACAUGUUUAAUACUUUCUGCAGCUUUAGGAACUAAGUAUCUUCUCAUCAAACUUGGCAUUGAUUGAUUGACAGAUUGAGAGAACUUAAUUGAUCCAAUAGGAGUUUCCUUUGGGAAAUUCAGCAUUUUCUAAUGUUCCAAGGAUUAACCUCGACUGGCACCAGCCUCCUGACCGACGUUAGCUCAGUCCUUUUUACGGACGUGGAUUUCUCUUUAAAGUAAUACUUUUGUGUGUUUGUGGGCGUCGACUGUGGACUGAAAUGUGACACCACACUGACGGGCUCUGAGUUCUGCCUGCGGCAGGUUUGUUCCUGUACAAUAGGGUUCUGUGGCCGAUCCAGCAGUGUAGUCAUCAGACAAUCUAUAUAUGAGAAGUGAACGGAAAAACCUGCACCCUGUUUCUUGUUGUGUACAAUGUUUUUUAGAAUCUCACUAUUUUUGGAUUAAUUUGUGCUGGUGACAGUUCCAUUGUCUAAUUAUUCUAUUGAUAUUAUGAUGGAGCUUUUAUUUUAUUGCUAUUUUGUGUAGAAUAGCCAACUGUUUUUACAUUUCUCUCUUUCUCUCUCUCGCGCGCUCUCUCUCGUUCUCUCUUUAUUACUUCACCUUAUCAUAGACAUAUAGUACUGGGUUCCUUUUUGGAAACACCUCGCUGACAAUUGCACGAUCAGUUGUUGUGGUUUUAGCAAAUGCAAUGAAGGAAGGAAACACCAGUUACAUGCUGCAAUUGUAAUUCAAAUAUAGAAUAUAUUUAUUAAAAAAAAAAGCAAAAACGGGAAACAGCAGAAAUUAGUAAUUCAUGAAAU